CUGGCGUGCGGGCACGUGAUGGCCGCUCUGGGGCUAAGACCCUUCCGGCCUAGUCCGGUUGCGGUGUCGGAGGCAUUAUUCGUUGGUGACCAGCCAGCGUUGUCGUUGGUCGGCAUAUUGGAGUGGUUGACUGCUUCCUAUACGCGUGCCUUGGGUGUUGUGGCUCGGCGAGACGUGGGAGAUUGGGAUACGGCGUGCGGGGAAUCGCAUACAUAGCUAGCAUCAGAGACUCCUCAUGUUUUCCUAGCCACCAUGGCGAUAAUAUAGCGUGUCCGCCAUCUUCCCGCGCGUUCCUACCCGGCUUAUACUCCAUCCCCAACCAUUUGACGACCCGCUGACUCCGAACACCAACUGCCCCCGACUGAAGAAAUCCUAUCCUGAUAGACCACUGCACGACGAACACGCGAGAUGACGGCCACGAUCAGGCAGCUCAAAAAGUCCGCCCGAAUUAUCCUCAUCGGUGCUCCGGGUGUCGGCAAGGGCACGCAAACAGAGCGACUCCUCACCAGAUUUCCAGACCUCGCGUCCAUAAGCUCCGGGGACCUUCUGCGAGAAAAUGUCCGGAACAAGACCCCUUUAGGUCUCAAAGCAGAGGCCGUCAUGCAGUCCGGCAACCUGGUCCCCGACUCGAUGAUCCUCGAUCUCAUAUCCUCCGAAUUCAAGACUCGAGGCUGGCUUUCAGCAGCGUCGGCUUCCUCGAUAACUCCCGCCGCAUCUUUCAUCCUGGACGGCUUUCCACGCACCGCGACCCAGGCUUCGAGCCUGGAAACCAUUGUCCCUGUCAACUUCGUCGUUCACCUGGUCACACCUCCCUCGGUCAUUCUCUCUCGGAUCGCGUCGCGCUGGGUACACGAGCCAUCCGGGCGGGUCUACAAUACCGAAUUUAAUGCGCCCAAAGUCCCGGGCAAGGACGAUGUCACUGGAGAGCCUCUGACUCAGAGAGAUGACGACUCAAUUGACACCUGGAAGCAGCGGCUGCACAAAUUUGAAGAGACGAGCAAGGCCUUGUUGGAGCACUAUCAGCGCAAGGGCUGCCUGUGGCGCGUGGAGGGCGACACGAGCGACGAGAUCAGUCCCAAGCUGUUUUCCGAAAUAGAGCGACAGUUCUGUUAGAGACGGGCACUUGAUGUCUCCCGGCCCUGGAUUCCUUCUUGUACUAUAUAUCGGUUUUUAUUCUGGUCUCGGCUGUUUGUUGGCGUCGCAUUCCUGCAGUCCAAGAAGGGUUGCAGAUGGAGGCAGUGUUUUUUGUUUUUUUUACUUUUUUUUCUAUCCUUACCUUACGAAGACGGCUAGCAUCUUUCGUGGACGAGAUAUACCUUAUGAUCAGUCUAACGAUGUUAUGGAAUACCGCAC